CACUUCGUUGCAUGAGCGGGUCGUGUGCAUUGCAAUGUUGGACUAGGUCAGGACGUUUCUGAUGAUCGAGAGAGCUCAGUGUAGAUUACCGGCUACCUCAGGUCAUGGUGGGAUUUUCCGCGGGAUGAGAGCCACCAGGGGCCGCGCGCACUGGGGAUAUCCAGGGCGCCGGUAGUACGCACUGACUGGGAGCUGCGGUGGGUGGCAGGCGGACGGGCUCACAGCGGGGUCGGUCCCCUCCUGAUGACAAAGCGGGUGACCCGGCCGAUGAAUACCUCGGGAGGAGCUUUUGACUGAGAGACAAGAUGUUCGCGGCGUUUUUCCCCGUAAAGAAACUGCGGCGCAAUCGCAAAUAUCUUCUGUUCGGGGCGAUUCUUCUGGUCGGAGUUGUGGCCGUCUACCAUGAGAUGGUUGCUGCAAACACAUGGAGCAAUGAUACCAGUAUGAAUUCUGACGGCAGCAGCAGGAGGAGACCCAUGUUUGAUGAAAGGGUCAAAAGGGACCAUCAACCAGACUCUGUGGAAGAUUCAGCCGCUUGGAGGUCCAGCUACACUCCACAAACCUGGAAACCAGAGUAUAAGGGACAGGCCAAUCUGCACGUUUUUGAGGACUGGUGUGGCAGUUCUACAGCUGACCUCUGCAAGAACCUGCACUAUCCGCUGUAUCCUCAUUCCAGGACUACAGUGCAGAAGCUGGCCGUCUCUCCUCAGUGGACCAACUAUGGGCUCAGGAUAUUUGGUUAUCUACAUCCAUAUACUGACGGAGAGUUUGUGUUUGCUUUAAGUUCUGAUGACAACUCUGAGUUGUGGCUCAGCACAGAUGACUCUCCCUUUAACUUGCAGUCAUUGACAUGGGUUGGAAAGACGGGCACAGAAUGGACAGCCCCGGGAGAGUUUAAAAAGUAUGCCAGUCAGACCUCCAAACCAGUUUGGCUGUCUGCUCAACGGAGGUACUUUUUUGAAGUCAUCCACAAGCAAAACGACAGAGGGACUGACCACGUGGAGGUGGCAUGGCAGCUCCUGGACCAAGGCUCUCGGUUCAAGGUUAUUGAAUCCAAUCACAUCUCCCUCUAUGUUAAUGAAUCUGCCUUGUUAAUGAGUGAAGUAGCCCACAUACCACAGACUGCUGCAAGCCACCCGCACACCCCAACAAAACAGCAGAAUGCCGCAGCAGACAUGCUGAGGAAAGACCCGCGAGACACUCUCUACCAAGUGCCUUUGAUAAACAACAAGUUCCUACAAGGUGUCCUGCCUGACUGCUCGUAUAAACCCAGCUACUUAAUAAAAGACUUUCCUCUCCUCCGCUACCAAGGACUGCAGUUUGUCCACAUGUCCUACAUCUACCCCAAUGACUACACCCGACUUACACACAUGGAGACAGAGAACAGCUGCUUCUACCCCGAAAGCCCUUACUACAUGAAGAUGUUCGGUUUCUCUAGAUACAUGAGGCUAGACCGUCCUGAUAUGCAGGAAACAGGAAACACAGGACAAGAUUUUGGUUUCCAGAGGAGAAAAUCAGUGCUAGUAGAGAAGGAUGAGUUUGACAAUGAAGCCUAUCAAAGAGAAAAGGAGGCAAGGCCGAACAAGGUGGAUAACGCACUUUUUCCAGACUAUGGUGAUGAUUAUGAUGAUUAUGCUAAGAGACGAAAGCGCAAACUCUUCUCUUUAGACAUGCAAGACACUAACAACAUGCUGAAGAACACCUCUGACACAAGACUGCACAUAGAUGAGUUGCAGAAGAAGCAAGGGAAAUACAGUUUUCCACAGCCAAAACCACAGAAACCAGCUGAGCCUCUCCAAUCAACACAAGCCUCAAAACAGAACCGGACAGAGCUAAAGCUACAGGGUGGGGUUAAAAAAGCAGCACAGAUAAAACCAAAAGCGAAAUUAAGACUGGCAAAGAGACUGAAGCCCAAAUCAGUAGAGGCCACUGGGAGACCAGGACAGACAAAUCUACUGAUACCAGGAUAUAGACAGCAGCUUAAAGCAAAGGCACAACCAGCAGUCCCGUCAGAGCAACUCAAUUUCAAACCGCAUCAGAUCCAGAGGUCACGUAAAAUGAACAAUACCCAAAAACAGAGUCGCAAAGACUCAAAGCUUCAUCCCUUAGAGAGGGAUGCUCCUCUGCCUGAAAAAGACACAGUGACCAAGCAGCAGAAGUUUAUAAUCAGACAAAUUGAUCUCCAGCCAGCUGCCAACAAGCGUUUUACCACCACUACCAAGAGAGACAUGGACCGCCCUGUAGUAAGGCUAAAUCAGAGGGACACAGAUACCAGAAGAUCCAUCAGGGAUAAGGAUAUAGAGAUGAAAACGCUUCAACAGGAUCGAGAAAAUAGAAUCUACAGAGCAAAGAUGAUCGCUAAAGGUAAAAUGGACAAAGAGCAGUCAGUUACGAAAGAAGUGGAGGACAAAGGAGGGGAGGAAGACGAGGUUCCUAACAGGUCUGUGAUCCGGAGAGACUCUCUGUUGGGCCAAGAGGGAGACUUUGAAGGUGCGGCUGAUGAGGACAUUACCCCUGAGCCGGUGUUUGACACUGAGGUCAACUGGAGCCAGACCUUCCAGAUCAGCCACCUGGACCUUCAGGCACAGCGUUCAGAUUGGAUCGACCUGCACUGCAACAUCUCAGGCAACGUGCUUCUCCACUCCAGUGAGGUUCUGUCCAUGGUUGAGGCUUUCAUGAACCAACUCAACAAAAAGCACCAUGGGCAGUUCACGUUGGUGCGUGUGGUUAACGUGGUGAAGCGCAUGGAUGAGGUCCAGGGCAGCCGCUACCUUGUGGAGCUGGAGCUGAAAGAUAAGAACAGCCAGGUGCUGCGCCUGUCGUACUACAUCUACAGUCUGAUUCGCCACAGCAGGCAACGCAAGAACUUCAGUUACCAACGACCGGAACCUCAGCUGGUGCUUUGUAACCCGGUGGGCUUCCGCUGGAAUCCAGAAGCCACCGUUCACUUCAUAGUACCGGUGAAAAACCAGGCUCGGUGGGUGCAGCAAUUGAUUGCAGACAUGGAACAACUGUUCAGAGAAACCAGAGACCCCAACUUCAAUCUCAUCAUCGCUGACUACAACAGCACUGACAUCGACGUGAGGAAGGCUCUCCAGAAAUCCUCACUCCCGAGGUACCAGUAUGUGAAGCUAGACGGAAACUUUGAGCGCUCUGCUGGUCUGCAAGCGGGUAUCAACCUUAUAAAUGAUGACCACAGCAUUGUGUUUCUUUGUGACCUCCACAUUCACUUCCCUCCCUCCAUCAUCGACACUAUCAGGAAGCACUGUGUGGAGGGACACAUGGCCUUUACUCCAAUAGUGUUGAGACUGGACUGCGGGGCUACGCCAUUAGAUGCCAGAGGUUACUGGGAGGUCAAUGGCUUUGGCCUGCUGGGGAUCUAUAAGUCAGAUCUUAAAGCAGUGGGAGGAAUGAACACUAAGGAAUUCAAAGAAAACUGGGGAGGAGAAGACUGGGAGCUCCUCGACAGGAUUCUCCAGGCAGGACUGGAAGUGGAGAGGAUCUACUUGAGGAACUUCUUCCACCACUAUCACUCCAAACGUGGCAUGUGGAACCGGCGGGUGUCGCCUAGGCACAGUUGACCUUGUCACCUGCUUACUGCAUCAUAACCACAGUCGCCACGGUUAUAAACCACGGCGACUGGAGCACUUUAAGGCCAGAGCCUGAUACCUGCUAAAUAACCAUAAUACCUGCUGACCGACAGAGAGGGUGACAAAGGAUUGGAUAUUGUCUUCAUUAAUUUUAGAUCUGUGGGAAAAAGCGACUUGGCAGCAGUGACGAUCGUUGCUAAAGAGAUACUACUGAUAUGCUCAGAGUUUAUUACACUGGAUGUAGUGUUGACUACUGCGAGGGUACUGGUCGAUGAGUGCCAUUGACUAUGCAAUAUUACAAAUGAAGAUACAGCUGUGCACCAUGUCACCUGACGCAAUGAUGAUCUGCACUACUGGCUGCAAGGAACUGACCUGAUCCGAAGACAAAGCGUGAAUUAAAUGACGGUGCACAGUCGAAGGAUGUAUACACACAAGUGUUCGAAAUAAUCAAAAUCUUGCACAUGAGUCUUAACUGGAGAAAAAUGUGUUUGUUUUGUUUGUAACAAAAAGAAAUAUAUGUGUUUCACAGCAGAUUGUGUAUAUGGUAAACACAGCCUUAUUUUGUAAAUUAUGGGAAACUUUAUAUAUUUGAUCAAUGUUUGUAGCAUUUUCUUUUUCAUUUGAGUUUAAAGUCAUUAUAAGUGCAUCUCAGUUUACCUGUUGAGUGCCAUCCCUAUUUAUUUUAUUAUAUGUUCAAUGUGCCUUCUUUUGUGACGGUUAUUCGGGUUCUGGGGCCACAUCGUGCUGUUUUCAGGAAAAGCCUUAAACUGGAAAAAAUAAUGAAAUAUUUAAGUGAUAUUUGUGAUUGCCAUCAUUUAGUUUUGUCAAAGAAGGACAGUCGAUUAUAUUUCAACAGAUAUGUUUGUGUUUCGGUUGCCCAAUGCAUCAGUUUUGUCAUGAAUCAAUAAUCAAAUAUCAGAGAACUGAAACAAUGCAUUAUUGUGAGAAUGUCUACCUAUUCUCCCAACUCUUCCAAUUACCAAAGAUAAUAGUCUGAAGUUGAGUAGAAUUACCUCUACCUUUUUCAUAUUGUGUGAAAAAAAGAAAAGCAGGGUUUGUUUUUUGAUAUGACGGGCUAUUGAAAAUAUCUGUAAAUAUAGCAUGAAGGUCCUCUUUUCUCACAAACUAGUCUUACUGUAAUGUACAUUGUUUUCACUGUAGACACAGUAAAAACCGAUAGGAAGUGUAGUGGGUGAAAAAUGAUCUUUGUUUUGUGUCACAUUGUUUUAUUGUUAUUUAAGACAAAACUAAUGGCAGCAUUUUUCCUGAUUUUUCACAUUCCGGUUUAACAAACAUGUGCCUUUUUAGUCUUUUACAUUUAAUUCGUGUUGAACUGUUUUGCUUGUUUUUUAGGGCAAUAAAAACAACACAAUUCUGGUCUAA